AUGGCGGCGUCCACAACCAAUCCCGGACAAGGUAGUGAGGAUGUAGCUCGUAUGCAGGCUUUGCUCAAAGAAGCAGGAGUUGCGGAGUAUGAACCAACGAUCAUCAGUCAACUUCUUGACGUAGCCUAUGCAACCACCGCCCAGCUCCUUACUGGCGCACGUGCGAUUUCACAGCAUUGUAGCAAAUCCUCCAUCGACGAGACUGAUGUACAAAUCGCUAUGGAGUUCAGUGGAGCCUUAGUGGAUCGUACACCAGACAGGGUUAAAAUUCUGCAAAUGUCAGCCGAAAAGAACUCUCAGCCUUUGCCUCAAAUUCGCCACAACUUCGGGUUGAAACUACCAAACGAUAGGUUCUGUCUUCUUCAACCAAAUAUGGAAUGGAGACCCAACGAUAAUCCACAACAGAAUAUCGCGCCAAUUGUGCCUCGUGCCGAAGCCGCCCCAAUACAGCAAUUGCGUCCUGAGCACGUCACAAAUCUUUUAAAACGAAAACAUGAAGAAGAUUUUGACUCAUGA